AUGGAGAAUAGUAAUGAUUUAGACGAGAAUUUUAUAGAUAUUUCAUUAGAUGAUUUGCGCGACAUUGAGUUACUGGAAGCUAGUAUGAGAGAACCACAUACUACGCAACUUCGAAAUGCUGCUCCAGGAGAAUAUUUUAGCCUGAUGGUUCCAGAUGAAAUUUUCGAACAAAUUGCUAUUCAAACCAAUUUGUUUGCAGAGCAACAAGGACCUAGUGAAAAGCCUUCGUCUCGCUCAAAUAACUGGAAAGCAACCACAAAAGUUGAGAUAAAACGGUUCUUCGGAUUAAUCUUAUAUAUGGGACUUGUUAAAAUACCUAAAAUAAACCUUUAUUGGAGUACUGACAGGGUUUUUGGGCAAAUCUUUGCUGCAUCUGUCAUGAGCCGUAACAGAUUUGAAUUACUAUUGCAGAAACUGCACUUUACGAAUAAUGAUACGGCUGAUGUGUCUGACAGAAUUUACAAAAUACGACCCCUUUUAAAUAGUUUAAACAAAACUUUUAAAAAUAUAUAUGCACCUAAGGAAGAUAUUUGUAUUGAUGAAAGCCAAGUGCCUUUCAGAGGUCGCAUCAUUUUUAGACAAUAUAACAAAAGCAAGAUGCACAAAUAUGGUAUGAAGUUAUUUAAACUUUGUACAUUACCAGGAUAUACAUGCAAAUUGGAACUGUACGCUGGCAAAAAUAAUGAACUAGUGAAUACCACACCUACAAGAGCGGUAAUGUCUCUUUGUAAGCACAUACUGGGCUGUGGUCACACACUUGUAACUGACAAUUGGUAUACAAGCUUGGAGCUGGCCAAUGAACUACUCGAUAAGGACACUCAUUUGGUGGGUACUUUGAGGAAAAAUAGAAGAGGUUUGCCGAAAGCGGUAGUAGACUCCAAAUUAAAACCAGGCGAAGUAAUAGCUAUGGAGAAUGAACGAGGAAUAUGCGUAUUGAAGUGGAAGGACAAAAGAGACGUGCUGAUGUUAUCCACGAAACAUUCUAAAGGAUUUUCUAAAAUAACUAAAAAGGGUAAAGUAAUUCGCAAACCAAGAAUGGUUUUAGCCUACAACAAAAUAAAAAGCGCAGUUGAUAUGAGCGAUCAAAUGGCCGCAUAUUCCUCACCAUUACGUAAAUCGGUGAAGUGGUAUAAAAAAUUAGGAAUAGAACUUAUAUUGAAUACAGCGAUUGUUAAUGCAUGGGUUAUGUACAACGAAAAUAAAAAUAAAAGUGAAAGUAUAGUACAGUUUAGAAGAGAGUUAGUGGAGUAUUUAGUUGAUGCAGGAAUGGAGGGGACCAUAGAACCCGAAAGAAUAGAUAGACCAAAAAGACUGAAACAUCAAUUAUUGAAAAAAGAGGACAUGAAGACUGCAAUUCUUUUAUCCGUUUUUGUAGCAGUAGUUGUGGCAAGACCCGAAGAAGAGUUGUACAGCAAAUAUGAGAACUUUGACGUUAAAGAACUUAUAUCCAACCAACGACUGCUUAAAGCAUAUGCGCAUUGCUUCGUAGGGAAAGGGAAAUGUACACCAGAAGGAAAUGAUUUUAAAAAAUUGAUGCCAGAGGCGGUACAAACCGAAUGCGGUAAAUGUUCAGAAAAACAAAAGUCGCUAGUUGCUCAAGUAAUUAAAGCCAUUGUAGAGCAACUGCCUGUUGAAUGGGAAGAAUUGUCUAAAGAAUACAACCCUAAUGGAGUUCACACGGUGUCACUCAAUCAGUUCCUGGAAAAAUACGCAAGCAAUUGA